AUCCGAGCCAAAAAUACAGCCCAAAAAACGAAAUCCCAAAUACAUCGUCACCAACCAUGAGACAGCAAGACGCACACGCAGGGCGCUAAUAGGCAGUCGACUCGGCCGCUCCGUCAGUUCGUAAAUUUCAUUUCCUUCAUCUAGGAAUUUCAUCGAGCAUGCGCUGAGCAUGUGGAAAAGAGGGCUUGACCCUCACUUGCUGUUUGCUGUCAGACAUUACUCCAAGCAAAGAUGUGACAUUUCGCUUAAGGAGCGUGUCAUCCGAGUUUCGAACAAUGUUGCCCGUUUGGGCAGCCCCAAAGAAGGGUCGAAGCCACCACAGUUAAUGUCUUUGCCUCCAUUUUAUGGUCUCCAUCUGUCCAGAAAAAAGUGUGCUACCAGUCCCGGUCAGCCUUCUUGCCGAGUUACUGCCAUUAGCUGGCUCAAAUAUUACUUUGACGAAAUACCUAGUCCUGUUAUUCAAUUCCAUUUUAAUAAGGGUCUGGUGCAGAUUGAAUGCAGUGAUAUAAAUGAUUCACCUAGCACUGUCAGUUCCAAAAUUUCCUUGAGAAAGAUUAGGCAUCAUGAGAUCAUGGAAAUGGGUGCAAGAGUUUAUGUACCUGUAUCUAUUGUAGAAUCCAAAAUUUCCAAGAGGUUUGAUAUAAUACCAAGUGGCACCUUGUACCCUAAUGCUGAUGAGAUAGCUUACUUGCAACGGCUUGUAACUUACAAGGACUCUGCAUUAAUUGUGCUAAAUAAGCCCCCUAAACUUCCAGUAAAGGGAAGCCUUCCUAUCCACAAUAGCAUGGAUGCUUUGGCAGCUGCUGCACUUUCUUAUGAUUAUGAUGUGGGCCCUAGACUGGUGCAUCAUCUUGAUAGGGAGAGCAGUGGCCUUCUUUUAAUGGGAAGAACAGAAGAAAGCAUCUCACUUCUUCAUUUGUUUCUCAGUGACUCAGCAAAGAAGAAAUUUCAGUCAAAGGUUCUAAAGUUUUCAACUCAUGAAUUGAUAAAGGAUUAGUAUCAAUCUCCUUUAUUGAAGCAGGCUCUAAGGUACAACGAACCGAACAUAAGGCGUUGCAUGAUUCUUGUAAGGCAACAUAUCGAAGAUAUUGGGCAUUGGUAAUAGGUUCCCCCAAAGAAAAGGAAGGCUUAAUUUGUGCGCCUCUUUUAAAGGUGUCUCUUGACAACGGGAAAACUGAAAGGGUUAUCUUGGCUCACAACUCGAGCUUAGAAUCUUCCCAGGAGGCUAUUACAGAAUACCGUGUCAUGGGUCCAAUGAUCAACGGAUGUUCGUGGAUAGAAUUGCGUCCACAUACAAGCAGAAAACAUCAGCUACGUGUGCACUGUGCAGAAGGACUGGGUUGUCCCAUCGUGGGUGAUUACAAGUACGGCUGGUUUGUACAUAAAAAGUGGAAGCAGAUGCCGAGAGUUGACGUGGAGCCCACAACCGGGAAACCGUACAGAAUGAGGAGACCAGAAGGGUUGGAUGUGCAGAAAGGAAGUGUGCUGUCUAAGGUUCCGUUGUUGCAUUUGCAUUGCCGGGAGCUCCUGCUUCCCAACAUUGCCAAGCUUCUAGAGCUUCAUCAUGGUAAAACGUUAAAAAGCUUUACUAAUGUCAACGGUAGCAAUGACACAGUUUCAAAACCUGAUCUCCUUCGCUUUGUAGCUCCAAUGCCAUCUCAUAUGAAAAUUAGUUGGAAUCUCAUGUCGUCUUACUUGAUUUGAAAACAAUAAAAACUGAACGAUAAUCAUUAACCUAUAUAUGUGAACCAUCUGAAGUUUUUUACUCUUCAAAUUGCUUCAUUUUUACUCGAGACAUUAAUUUUCUAAUUGACACCAAAAGCUGCAAAGAUGUUAUCAAUUCAACCUUCAUGAUUUUGGCUG